AUGAGAUUCGGUGUCAACGUCGAGCAAUGCGUCUGGUCGGAAGAGCGCAAGCGCUGGAGGUUGAGCAUCCGUCACUACGAAACCAACCAAGUCUUUGCGCAUGAGUGUCAGUUCCUCUUCGCUGCCACGGGACAACUGAUGCAACCACGGGAGAUCGACGUUCCUGGUUCAACAAGCUUUAAGGGUCGCAUAUUCCACUCGUCCCGGUGGGAUCAAACCGUGGAUAUCCAGGACAAGAAGGUCGUGGUCAUCGGGAACGGGUGUACCGCAUCGCAAAUCGUGCCGGCGAUUGUAGGCAAGACGAAGCACCUCACGCAAGCUGUCCGCACAAAGCAUUGGGUUCUUCCCCCCGUCGACAACGAGAAUACAGAGUUCAUGAAGAACAUCUUGAGGCAUGUGCCGGGAACACAGACACUGCAAAGGUUUUUGGUCUUCGCUGCGGCAGAGAACACACUGAGAGGAUUUUACAUGACGGACGAUGGGAACAAGUAUCGCAAGCGCGCUAGGGCCAAUGCUGAGAAGUACAUGAAGACAACAGCACCCGAGAAGUAUCAUGACAAACUCAUACCGGACUUCGAACUGGGCUGUAAGAGACGCAUUUUCGACUCGGGCUACCUGAAGAGCUUACACUCGGAGAAUCUUACCUUACUCGAUGACCCGAUCCAAGAAAUUGUACCAGAGGGUAUUCGGACUCGGGAAGGCGUCACAGAGGCGGAUGUCAUCGUCCUGGCCAAUGGUUUCGUAACGAACAACGCGGUUGGGGGGCUAGAUGUUAUUGGUCGAAACGAAGAGCAGAUUGACCAGCAUUGGGAGUCUUUUGGUGGCCCAGAAGCCUACAAUUGCACGAUAGCAAGCGGGUUCCCCAACUUCUUCGUAUUACUUGGUAUGCUCCCUGAUAUGUAG